AGUUCCGUUGCACGUCUGGCGGGGAUCUAUCGCCUCAUUCAUGUCUUCCGUCGAGUCGCGCGAUUGCGCGACCAUCUCGCAGCUCCUUCAACACAACCCGCUGCCGUUCAACGUCGAAGUCGUGACGGGCUACGUCGACGACCGCGACGACGGCAAUCGAUCGCGCCUGCUACAUCCCGGUACUCUCUUGCGCGUCCAUUUCGUUCACAGCGAGACGAUGUUCGUUGGAGAGGCAGAACGAGACGACAAGCGCUUCACUCUCCUUCUUGACGACGCGUGUAAGAUCGAACUCCUGCCGGAAAUCCCAGAACUCGACGACCGCGUGUUUGCGACCGUCAGAGACGUGCUGGAAAUGGUUCCCAGACCGAAAUGGAUCCGUGUGCAGGAGAGCUACGACGGAGGGAACGACCACAACACGGUACACAAGGGUGAAGAGUUCCAGGACUUGUACACGGGACGCUACAAGGGAGAGCCGUGCAUGUGCGGCCGGUUGGUGAGCAGCAAGGACGGCGAGUCGGGCGAGGUGUGUUUAACCCUCGACACAACGGCUAUGUUCACGACCGCGCGCAGCGUCAAGUCGUUCCUCGGUCUGGCCGAAUUGGCGGCCAAGUGCGACGUCGGAGACGAGCUGACGACGCGCGUGCGAGUGCAUUCCGUCAAGAGGCAUCCACGGGAGGUGCCCCGGCCGCCGGUUAAGGCCCGGCUGCUGCGGCUCGUCGAGCACAAGGCGGCGGUCUGCGUCGAUGACAACGGGAGGGCUUGCCUCCUUCCGUCGUCUCUCUCGAGCGUUCGAUUGCGGCUCCGUACGAAGGGCGCGUCGACGCACUGCGACGACCUAGCGUCGUCACUUCAUUCGCUUAUCAAUCUUUACAGCGUGCCGAGAAUCGGUCCGCUGUCUUUGCAACCGAUCUUCGGUCCGUAUCCGAACGUUUCAAAGCUCAGCCUCAAUGAUCCUGUCUGUCUGUACGACGAAGCGGCCUUUCUUUUUCCGCCCGCACAAUGCGGGCUCGUCCAAACGCAAUCGGUCGCCAACACCGAUGCGUAUCAGACCGUCAAGGAGUGGGGUAUACGACGCGAGAUGACGGCCCGAAUGUACGGAUUGAGAGAUCGAGUGAAGAAGACGGCGCACCGACUCGAGUUGGAUCUUCUUCAGCAGCAGCACAGUCUGCGGCAAGAGAUCUCCGAUAUGCGCUUCUUCGCUUGGAAAGAGAGUCUGGGAGAGCAGGAGAGCGUACACUUUUAUCACGACGUCGCCAGUAAAGUCGACGCUCGGGAAGAUCAGUGGUUCCCACACGACGACGUCAUUUCUGAGGACGAUUUGUACUACGCCGUAGAGUCGACACAAGAUCUAGUUACAGAUGUCGUCUACGAACAACCGGAUUUGCGGAAGUCUGUACGAGUCAAGAUCGAACGUCAAGACAGUGAGAUGAAAGAGAAGGUGCAGCAAAUGAGAAAAGAGAACGACCUCCUGGCGGAGAUGAUACAAAACAAGAAGGACGACAUUGCAGGCUUAGAGGCAGCGAUUGUUCGCUGCGCUGAUCUUUACCAACCAAGUUCGCAUGUUCCUGUCGACGUCAGACUCUUGGAGUCGAUGAAUUCGGGUCACGUGACGUCCCUUCUCAACAACAUCGGGCUGCAUGUCUACGCGAAGAUGUUCAGUAAUGAAAACGUAGAAGGAUAUCUCUUGUCCGGGUGCGAUGCCGAGUACUUGAAGGAUCUGGGAGUGCGACCGGCGCACGCACAGAAACUAUUGGCCGUUUUGAAAGGGAAGGGUCCCCCCGGAAGGUCAUUCGCAGAGCUGAUACAUUGAACAUGCUCCUAAUAAUAUGUCUAAAUGUUUGGUAGUCUUGGUGUACGGAUUUUACAGACUACCUAGGAAUAUUGUAAGUUGAAUGUACAGAGUGUGCCAAUGGGCAACUGACAGUGGUAUCUUAACUUAAUUCUAUAUAAUUAAAAGUGAU